AUGGCAGCGCACCUGGGCCAUGACGCAGCUGAGGCUCCGCGAGGACGACCUCCAGUCUCAUUAAACCACCCGCACCGCACGACUCGAUCCUGGACAUCAAAUGGCGUUCAUUAUACGGUCGAUUCCACCACCUACUCAACUCCAGGUUUCAGCUUUGGGGCUUUUUCUGGAACAGCGAACGGACCCUUCACUUUCGAACCUUUUAUGACAUCAAAUCGAGAGUCUGCUACGAGACCUGCGCCAUUUGGACUUCUUGGGAACGCUUUCGGUCUACUCGAAGACGCUUUCACAAUGCGUCCACAGCACACCGUCAUUGGAGAGAGUGGUCUGGGCCAAGGAGCACAGAGACGAGUACAAGUCGAUCCUCCAGCCGAAUCCUAUGACCCUGACCUGGCUUACGAAGAACACAAUUUCGCUGCAAACCGGAAAGCUCGACCAAAAUCUAUAUUUUCACGAUUAAAGGACAGGCUUGUCGAUGCGAACCAAAUUCGGCGGCAGCGUAGCUUAAGCAGUCGUGAACGAUCUUCAGAAGAUGAAAACGCAAGGAUACCGUCACGGAAGGCAAGCACGCGCUUCGCACAGACUGGACCGCCGCCAGCAGCAUGGACGACACAAAGAGAACAGGCUCGAGAUGCGCCUCGUGAGCCAGCGCCAGAGUUCAUUGAAGUAGACUACCAGGACGAUACAGCAUCCGAAACGGAGUCCGAACCAGAAUAUAUACACAGCAGAUCACGGCCUCGCUCCAAACGAUACAGUACAGCAGGCAACAACAUGGUGGAGGCAUUGGAGAAUGCCGUCGAGCUGGAACGCCGCAACGUUCGUGCUUGUAAGCAGAAACUGGCACAGGCUUCGAGGCAAGGCAAUAUCAACUCGAACUACUUGCAGCGUAUCGUGGAUGAGCUCAAACAGCACGAAUCUACACUAGCAACAGCGACAAGCAAUCUCAAUGAAGCAAAAGCCCGCCAAGUGCGUAACGAACGACCGCACCUUCCACGUCGACCAAGUUCCCGAGCGCGUGCUGAAAUGCCGCCUCCACCUCCUCCACAGAUGCCACCCCGGCAGCCUUCUCAAGAGCGGUCCCGGUCAAGACCAAGGUAUUCUCGGUCGAGUUAUAACAUGCGAGAUCGCUUCGUUCCCGUCGACGAGUUCACAAGAUUUCCCGAUCAUCCAUCACAUCCGGAUCCUAUAUUUCAAGCGUUUGAGGAUCUGCAUGGCGUACACACUGGGAUACAUUUCGACCCCUUCCACCACUUUUUCGGAGCAGACAGAUUUGCCAUGGACGAUGCACACAUGCACUUCUUCGCAAUGCCUAGUGAUACAUUUCCAGCCGGUACCGAUACACGACGCAAGCGGGCGACGUUCAAUCCAGGAGGCCCGCGAGCAUCUUUCCAGCAACCACACCCGUCAUAUCGUACUUCAUUUGCUCCACCGCCACGGCAGACUCCUGUCGCUGCGCCGAAGCCACCAGCUACAGUUCUCACCUCGGAAGAAGCAAAGAGAUUGUUCUCAAUUUACGACGAGCGUUGGAAAGCCCUCCCACCAUCCAGCCCGAGCGUUCCCUAUCCCGCUCGUGGUUUGCAUGCAGGAGGUUUAGCAGCACGAGACUCGCUGUGGGCCCCCAACAUUAGCACUCAUGUUGCUUCGUGGUCAGAAGAGACCGUUAUGCAAGCUAAUGCACAGGCGUUCUAUCUCGGCGUGGUGGGGCUUUCCCCAAGGUACACAGAGAACCCAGCUUCUGGGCGUGUCGAAGUUGGGUUUGACAAGUCGCAAGCUACGCCGUCGCAGCUGCAGCAACUAGUGGACAUUUUGAAGAAGGAAAAGAUUCGGUGGCAUUCGGAUCGACUGGGCAGACGGAACGGUGGACGUCCGGGACCAAAUGAGGCCUUACAGAAGGACGAGCGCGCGAGAGCAGUCUUUCAUGCCGUGUGCGAGCUUAUGGAGAGCGCGCAGUGA